AGUAGCUAGAAAUAGGCAACGGAAAAAAAUUAAAAAAAAAAGAGAGAGAGAGGGGAUUUUCUGCGACUUUGUCCAUUAUGGCCCCACUCAGCACCAGUGUCGCAUUGCCUUCCGAGACUUUGAUUUAACAGUGAGGUGUGAGCCCAUUGUUUAUGCUUUCAAACUUGAUCCAAACAUGUUCGGCGGCGGCGGUGGAGGAGGAGGAGGAGGAGGAGGGGGAGGAGGAGGUGGUGGUGGUAGUGGGAAUGCUGUAAUCAACAUUUCUUCCGGCAAACGCAAGACCAUGGAGCCCCAACAAGGAGAGUAUCGCAACCGCAACCACCUCACCCAACUCCUCUCCACGCUUUCCUCCACCACCUCCUCGGCUUACUCCUUCCUCCUCCAAAACGACGUCGUCCUCCUCCCUUCCCAAACCCUAACCUUAGAAUCCCAAAUCUCCUCCGUCUCCCUCUCCCUCUCCACCCUCCUCUCUCUCCUCCCCAACCCCAAAUCCCUCCAACCCAUUUUCGUUGCUCCUCCUCCGCCUCCGCCACCUCCAACCCCACAGCCGCCGCAGCAGUGCUGGUUCCAGCGCUUCCUCUCCGACGCCUCCGCUGACUACGAUUCCCGAUGGGUCGACGCCUUUCACAUGUCCAAGCCAUCCUUCACUCUCCUGCUCAGACUCCUCUCUCCAUCUCUACAAGCCUCCAUUCCCUCCCUUCCCCCGAAUUACACCCUCGCCGCCGCACUCUUCCGCCUGGCCCAUGGUGCCUCCUACCGGUCCGUCGGGCGGCGGUUUGGGCUUGACUCUGCCGGAGCUUGUCGUGCUUUUUAUGUUGUAUGUAAGGUUGUUAAUGAUAAAUUAGGGCAUAUGUUCGAGUUUCGGUCAGAUAUAGGGAGGAUUGUGGUGGGUUUUGGAUGGAUAUCACUUCCGAAUUGUUGUGGGGUUUUGGGAUUCGGCAAAUUUGGGGUUGAUGGCGAAUUGUUGGGGAAAGAUGGGGCUUUGAUGGUACAAGCAUUGGUGGAUUCAGAAGGGAGGUUCUUGGAUGUCUCAGCUGGAUGGUCAAGUAAGCUCAAACCCGAUACGAUUUUGCACCAAUCCGCAUUGUUUAGCGGUGUCGAUGAGUCGAGGGAGUUGCUGAAUGGACCACCUUUCGAACUCACUGAUGGCAAUUUAAUACCUCAGUACAUAUUGGGUGACUCCUGCCUUCCCCUUUUGCCCUGGCUCUUAACACCCUAUGUUCGAUCAAGUGAGGAAGAUAGUCUUAGUUCUUCCGAGCAGGCAUUCAAUUUCGUGCAUAGUCGAGGCAUGGGAUUGGUCAGUACUGCAUUUUGUAGAGUUCGGGCACGGUGGCAGCUUCUGGCGAAGCUAUGGAAAGAGGAGUGCAUAGAAUUCUUUCCUUUUGUAAUUGUCACUGGGUGUUUGCUGCACAAUUUUUUAAUCAAGUGUAGUGAGCCAUUGCCAGAUGAAAAUGCUGGGAGAUCCAAGGAGGGAGAGCUUCCUAUUUACCAAGGGAAAAUGAAUGAGAGUGGGCAGAGGAUCAGGGAUGCACUUGCCUCGCACUUGAGCCGGGUAAGCUUGAGGUGAGGUGAGGUGAUGAAUGCUAUAGAAUUUAUGAAGUUGCUCCCCAUUUUUCUGUAUAAACUUAACAAUGUAUCUUAGUUUGAACUCAGUUGGGAUGAGUAGGAGUUUUUUCAUGCUUUGGUUUAAUUGCAUUAAGCACAAACUGCUUGUGUAAUCAUUGUAUUACAUAUGAGGAUAUCCAAUUUCCAUGUUAGUUUCA